UUUAAUACAAAGCUUCAAACGGUAGUGAGAGAACAACUGACUGCGGAAGGGCAUCCAUUACCUUCAGAAGUUACCAUAGCAUAUAAUUUUGAAACAAACUCAAUAGAUUUUAAAGUCAUCUCUGCAAAGAAGUCAGGUUUUACAUUUAAUGAAGCAGAUGUAUAUUCGAAUGAAAACUUCAAAGCUAUUGCAUGGUUAGAUAAUGACGAUUGCUUUAAGAAAAUAUUUAAAUACAGUGACUCAACGAUGUCAAUAGAUGACCUUCGUGGAAUGUUACCAUCGACAUUUACAGUAGAAGGUUCAGCAGGAUUGCUUACAAGAUUGUCAAUUGGUGGUAUUUGGUCUCGUGAGAACAUUGUUAUAAAAUCCAGUAUAAGUGAAUUUGCUGAAGAAUCUAUAUUAUGUCUUUCAAACUACAUGUAUUCGCCGCCAAAGCAUUAUAGUAUAACAAACUUUGUCAGUAAGUUUAACAUAAGACUUGUCGAACCUUCUUCAAUGAAAGAUGUUGUGCUACCUAAAGAUGGAAAGGAUGGACUCAUUAUUGAGAUGAUUUUAAUAGCAUAUUAA